GCGUGUGAAUGCCUCCAAUGUUUCGCUGGGAUGGAAGCCAGACGGCACAUCGUCCGGGCCUACGGGGUCCAGCAACGCCGGAUGCGGGUGGAUUGACCUCCCAAAGAUCGCUGAGCUUCUCAAUGUUGACUUGCAACAGCUGACUAAGGCCCAGCGUGAUGCUUUACACUUUGCCACUUGGAACCUGGGAGGGAUGAGCCCGGAGAACGUGCUGGACUUUCUCUCUAGGGGGCCGAACUUCCUUGACAGCGACACGUGGAUGCUGAUCCACGGUCACUUCCCCUAUAAUUCCGAGAUGUCACCGCGCCGAAUCGAUUAUGUUGCUGCUCGUAACCUAGCAGUGCCUUCAGGUUCCGUAGGCCCCAAAGGCAAGGUCUUGUGGUGCGCCAGACAGCUCAAGGCAGACUGCCACGCAGCCCUGGCCUCAGCUGUCUCCAUGCACGCCGAUCACCAUCAUGCCAUCGCAAGUGUUGCAAAACUCAUCACAGAGCCGGUGCACCGCUCGCUCAAGUUCCGUGAAUCCCCAGACCUCAAAGCACUUCGCAAAGCUGCAAAGGGGGCUACCCCUGGCCAAGGUGCUCGAACAGCAUGGAAACAAGUGACCAAAGCCCUACAAAAGGAAAGGCGCGAAUGGCAGCGUGUACUUUCUGAACGAGCGGGAAACAUGGAAUGGGGCGCAUACCGGGCCAUCAAGCAAAAAUCCUCCAGAUCCAACUGGGCUGAGCAGUUGCUGGAUAAAGAGACCUGGGAGGAUGACCUCCACAGCCAUAUGUCCUCGAUUUUCGCCCAACGACCAGCAACAGCCACGCGCACGGCCAUGCAUGAGAUGCGUGACACCUGCAGCCAUAUGUGCAAGGAGCGCCCCUGGCGCCCCUUCAGUGAGGCCGAAAUGCGGAUCACCAUGGCAAAAUGGAAGAGGCAUAAGGCAACAGGUACCGACGGGAUCGCUUUAGAGGCACUGCAACUCCUUUUCGAAGACGCACGCUGGAGGCCGCGAAUUGCAGAACUGAUCAACGAUAGCCUCUACAAAGGGGAGCUGCCCCCCUGGGUCGCCGAAGGCGCAUCGGUCCUCCUCCCGAAGACCGCCGUCCCUAAAGGAUGGUCCGACACUAGGCCAAUCACCCUCUCCAGCGCCAUCCUAAAGUGGACCGCGCAACUUCUCCGUCUGCGGGGAACACCCGCCCUCAUGGACUGUUGUCAUCACCAAUGGGCGAGUCAAGGCAAGCAAGGUGUCGAGCUUAUCUUAGCCAUGCGCAAACUGGCGCGAGUCGCGCAUGAAUGGCGUUCUCCAUUCUAUGUAGUUAAAAUCGACAUUGCUAAGGCUUUCGACUCUAUCGCGCAAGAAAAACUAGGCACCGUGCGCCAAGGCAGCCCCGAUAGCCCGGUGCUCUUCGCGGCGGCCAUAGGGGAGACCCUUGAUGCCGUCUUGCACAGUGUCCGGGGUGGCAAGCCCCCGCAAGUAGGCCGUCACCAAGCCCUGGAACCCCCGCCGCAUUCAGGAGCAGCUUACAUGGAUGACACAUACGUCUGGGGCGAAUCCCCCGAGUACGUUCAAGAGGUUCUCAAAGAACUGGAGAAAAGGUUCUUGGAGCUCGGAUUGCGAAUCAAUGCUAAGAAGACCCAAGUCAUCUCCAACAUCCCCGACGAUACAUUUCGCUUUGUCAUAGGAGGUGUUGAGGUGGCACCCGGAGGACCGGACACGGUCAUGACCAUCCUAGGAGCCCCGGUCACGCUUGCCGGGGCUAGCGCCCCGCUCAUGGCAGAAAUGCAAAGUCGAGCCCACGCAGCCUUUCAUGCCAAUCGCAAGUUGCUUUGCUCUCGUGCUCCAGUGGUCGACCCAUGCGCUCCAGAUGAUCUGGCAGUUAUGGGGGCACAUAGGACCGCCGGUGCGACAUGUACCGCCCGCGCGUGCCUGCUGCAACCAACCAGCGCCGUGGUGAUCUACGUGGACUCCAGUGGUGCAAGCGACUCAUCCGAAAUGCCUUGGGCUCCACUGGAACCAGAACCCUUAGCCCAGCCUCGGGUGAUUGAAGCUGAUGAGGUCAUGGACAUGCCAGUGCAACCGCAGGGGCCCUGGAAUGAGCUCCCCCUCUACUUCUUCGGCAACCUUUCCUGGACUACGACGAGCUGGACCAACCUCCGCAAGCCAUGCAUACCCCACAUAGCGCUGUGCCGGGAUAUUCUCAACAACUACAACCAGGCUACUACCUGCGCCGGGGAUGAAGCUCCAGCAGAUUGCACCCCCGAAGAACAUGACCCUGCCAACCAGUUUCAAGACGAACAACUACCAGAAGGGCAACUUCAAGAAGAUGAUGGCGAGCUGCCGACCCAGGGUGACCUCGACUGGGAGAGCGACACCGACGAUGACGAGGAAGACGAGGAGCCCGAGCAGACCACCCCACAAUCGGGGAGGAAAGCCCCCAAACGAGCCGCCGGUCAUGGGUCGCAGAGAGUGGCUAAUAAGGCAAAAAAGUCCGAUGUCAAGAAAAGAUGGCGCGAACUGGAGUGGGGCAAAAAACCAACGUGGUUGAGCUGGCGAGGUGCAGUGCCAUACAUCAUGCGGGGCGAAAAGCCCCCGGCCAAACAACCGCUGCCGCCGACACCGUCGCCGCAAAGAGAACAUCUCCUUUCGUUGCUUUCAGCCCACCGCUACAGCUACGACGCACAGGGGAACAUUAUUCCUCACCACCCACAACUACCUGCUGCAGCUGCUCGUGUGGAACGAAGCGAAAAGGCUACCAACCAAGCUCGAGUGGACCAUGCACAAAGACGAGCGGAGAACCCAUACCUGCACCCAGCGGAUAUAGCUCAGUACAACCAGAUCGGCUACAACAACGAGGCCCGCCACAUACACCACAACAACCAAUGGAACCAGGCCCUCGGGGACGCCCCCGUCGUGAAGUUCAGUUUGACCUACCUGAAGGACACCGAGAAGAACCUCCCAAACCCGUGCCUUACAGACAGCACCACCGUGCAGUUGAAGGGCGAUGGAGUCUACAACUACCCAGUCCAGAUCGUCGACAACAGACCGGCGCAUACACAGGACCAAGCAGGUACGAAUGUACCACCCUCUGGAGCCGACAACCACAACCACGACAACUACCUGCACAACUUUGAGGGUGAUGUCCUGGUAGUACAACCUUUGCACCUCACGGAAUUGGCCGAAUCAAGUUCCUCGUCAUCUUCAGCCAGUCACCCUACACUACCGAGGGACCCUACAGCAACGACGCGCACCGGGGGUCCCCCGCUACCCCGUAUGGAUGAUCUGGACCAGCAAGCUGCCGAAGCCAUUCAGGUAGGUCGAAUUCCUGCCUGGCGCCUGGAGGGGUCUGGCCCCAGCAUGCGCAGCAGCGUCCGCGUCGAUGACAACAGCCACGACCUCUCCUGGGUCCAGGGGGUCACCCCUCGUACGCUACCACCACCAAUGCCCUUGCAUCCUCGAACGGUGCUCAGCAUGAGGGGAAGCGCUACAGGAUCCUGGCGUGGCACGACCUGGUCUCCCCCAAGCCACUCCAUCGUGCUCCAUCCCCCAUGUCAACAAGUGGAGCCCACGAUAGUCAUUUACAAGACGCUGGCAGGGCAAGCAGAUCGGGGAGUUCUUCCCGAUGGACUCCAGAUGACGAUACACCCAGCAGGGGAAUGGAUCGCCACGACGCGCUUUGAAUUGGGCUUCGCUCGAACCCCAAGGUUCUGGCUGGUCUUCAUCCACCAAGCACCACCACCGGCGACGGGAAGGUUGCCGCUGAAACCUGGGGAUAGUUUCUGGCUUGAAUGGCGUGGACAAGAAAGAGUCUGGCAGAGAAGACCCCGAUUCGACAAUGACAUCCAAGCCCUUGGGGGAAUGGCCACCAUCCCCGAGGACGUGGCCCCGCGUCCACCUACGCCUCCGCAACGACGAGAUCCUACACUGUCCAAGCCCAGACCAAACUACCAGGGGUUUGAUCCUCAGCGCUUUGUCGACACUCGGCCGUUGAGGAGAAGGCUCAUCAACCCCGAACCCGAAGUUGACCCUGCCGCAGCAUCGUCUGGCUCGACCCAGAACACGCAAAAGCAGACCCAACAACCACCACCACACCAACCUCAACAACAACCACCUCCAAGUGAAGAGGCAGCAAGCAGAGGAGCCUCUUCCCCCAUGGCGCAACAACAGCAGAGCAAUCGGGGCACCCAACCCCAAGCAGCCGGCAAAGCAAAGGCAAAACCUCCACCACCACCACCAGCAUCCUCCGGCUCCGAGACAGAAACCAGUUGGCCAAGCGAAGACCCGGCACCGCUGGAGGGGGAUGAUACUGCCCUCAUACAGCCAAGGUACGACCAAAGCCAUAAGAUGAAGCUGCAGGAAACUAGUCAGGGAGAUGUCUUUUCCCUCAUGCAGCGACAGCCAAAAGAAGUGAACCACAGCCCCCCUGGCUCGACACACCAGCAAUCAACAAGCAACAACCCACAACAACCACCAGGCUAUCCACCUCAACCACCACAACCGUCAACCGAGCAACCUCCACAACCGGACUCGGACACAGCAUGGUACUCAGUUGCUGCCAACUUUGAGGGCGAGUUUACAGUCAGUGGUUUGCUUCGAGUCCUCCAGAAAAUCCUGCACGAGAUGCUCCAACAGACCUUUAGCCUGCCGAAUGAGUACCUUACGCACCUGGCGUACCAUUCCUGCUAUUACCUCUCCAAGCUACAGAGUACAAAUGACCGCCAAAUACAACAUAGCGAACAGGGGGACAGCCCCUAUGGUAUCGGAUCCCCCGGGCCCACGGCUAUGGUCUUCUGCAUCACCAAUGCUUUCGUGGAGGCGGAGGCAGCUCUGGAAAGCCUGGUACAGAACCAACGCGACCUACCACGACGACACCUUCUUAAAGAACUCCGGAGAACAGAAGCUCUGCUCAAAGACGGUCGAGCCAUCUUCAAAAGCUGGGCUCGGAAUCCAAAUGCACCGGGAGCGCUUCCCGGCACGGCUGCCUCGCAAAACGCGCUUGACGGAGUGGACUUCUCGUUCCUUGCCAACGAAGAAGGAGGCGUGGCAAACCUGGACGAAUCCCUGCGAACAGCCUGGGAAGCCACGCGACGCUGCAGCCGCUACAUGGACCAGCUUCUGGAGUGGAUCCAGGGCCAAUUUCAAGAAGCUGGAACAGAGGGGAGCCCCUCUCCAAAGAAACGUCGAGUCGAGCAGCCCUCCAGCAGCGACUGCAAGCCGAGAUAUGAACAAGGCCCUCGCAGAGUACCCGAACGCGCACCUGGCCCUCUUCAACAUGAUCCUGCAGUACCUCAACGAGACCGUCACAACGUGGAACCGGGGGCUGCCCCCUACAAUGUUCUCAGAGCUCAACAAUUGUUGGAAGCAGUGAUGCCGUUUACAGAACAAGAGGUCGCGACUUCAUUGCAGGAGGUGCACUCCCUUUUGCUCCAGUGGACAACAGGACUAUGGGGAGAGCCAAUCGUCCUCAGCGACAGCUUGGAGACAAACGCGGGGGCUGGUGCAGCCGCUUCAGACGACCAAGGGGCUCCACCCCUCUGUGCAGUGGGAACGCUUCCGCCUACUUUGCCGGCGGACAACAGCAGUGAUGAGACCGUGACGGUGGAAUCACACAGAAGACGCCGACUACACGCUCAUCUACAAGAUUGA